GCAGCCUGCAGCAGCAGCAGCAGCAGAUCGGCGGCGGAUCACGCGUCGGGCAGCCGCGCCCCAGGCCCCCAAAACCCACGGUGAAAACGCACCCACCCAUCACGAGAGCGGAGAGCCCGUGCCAGUGCCCGUAUAACCCCCGCCGCCGCCGCCGCCGCCCCCUGCCUACUCCUCUUUCCCUUCACCCCUUCGCCAGCUUUGCGGGAAAACAAACGCGAGCGGAGCCCGAGACAAACCCCUCUCCCUCCUCUCUCCUCCCCUCCCCUCCCCAAAACCCUAACCCCUUCCUCCGAUGGCAUCACCGCCGCCCGCCGCAGCCGCAGCCGGAGCGCCGCCGGGAUCGCCGCCCCCGGCGCAAGUGGUGGGCAACGCGUUCGUGCACCAGUACUACAACAUCCUGCACCAGUCGCCGGAGCUCGUCUACCGCUUCUACCAGGAGACCAGCCGCCUUGGCCGCCCCGCCAGCGCCGGCGCCGACAUGGACACGGUCACCACCAUGGAGGCGAUUAACGACAGGAUCAUGUCGAUGGACAUCACGCGGGCGGAGAUCAGGGCGGUGGACGCUCAGGAGUCCCUCUGCGGCGGCGUGACUGUGCUCGUCAUGGGCCAUCUCACGGGGAGGAACGACGUUAGCCGUGAGUUCGUGCAGUCCUUCUUCCUCGCGCCGCAGGAGAAGGGCUUCUUUGUGCUCAACGACAUAUUGCGCUACGUUGGGGAGGGGGAGGGGGAGGGGGAGGAGAAGCCGGAGGUCGAGCAGCCGCCGCCACAGCAGCAGCAGCUGGUGCCAGAGGUGGAUGCGGCUGCGGCUGUGGCGGCCGCCCCUGCUGCUGUCCUGCCGAACGGCACUGUAGGAGGAGCCACGGAGAGUGUGCCUCGAGAACAGGAUGCUUUGUCGCAGCCUGAGCAAGAUGUGGAUGAGCCUGCACCUCAUCCUCAAGAGGAGUUAGAUCUGAACGAGGAGGAGGUCUAUAACCCCCCACAAAAUGACGCAGAGGAACCUGUUUUGGAGGAAACACCGGUUCCUGAGGUCAUAAACGAAGUGCCCAAUACUGCAGCAGUGGCUACGCCGAGUUCAGCUCCCACUGUACCUCUCGAGGAGGCCCCGAAGAAGUCAUAUGCUUCUAUUGUAAAAGUCAUGAAAGAAUUUCGACCACUAGCUUCCACAGUUCCUUCCAGGCCUACACCACCAAAACAAGAAAAACAAGCACCUCCUGCCCCUGCUCCGGUCGCUGAUGUUCCAGCUUUCAGUCCUAGUUCUCAGAGCGGCAGCUUUCAAGAUCCCGAAGUUGAUGGGCAUGCGAUAUAUGUGCGGAAUCUUCCUUUAAAUGCCAUGCCACAGCAAUUAGAAGACGAGUUCAAGAGAUUUGGCACCAUUAAACAUGAUGGCAUCCAAGUUAGAAGCAACAAGAUCCAAGGGUUUUGUUUUGGCUUCGUAGAAUUUGAGGAUGCCAGUUCUGUCCAAAGUGCAAUAGAGGCUUCACCUGUUAUAAUUGGUGACCGGCAAUGUUAUGUUGAAGAGAAAAGAACUACUGGUUCACGUGGUAGUAGCAGAGGAAGGUAUGCACCGGGUAGAGGUGGUAACUUCCGAGGUGACGGCAUAAGAGGCCGUGGUAAUUACAGUGGAGGGAGGGGCUACGGAAGGGGCGAGUUCAGUUAUCGAUCUGAUUAUGGGGGCAGAAGUGGUGGCAGAGGUGGCUCAUCACGUGGAGGUGAUGUUAGCUACCAGCGGGUUGACCACUCUGGUACAGCCGGUGGUCGUGGUGCCCGUGCGCCAUCUGCCAGUACUGCAGUCGCAAAGUGAGUUCUUGGUAGUUAUGCAUCGGUAGUAGAUCGAAGUUUUAUGGCCACUAUCAUGGUUGAUGAAAAGAGUGGCGGGUUUGGGUUCAUGUGAGGUUAUAUGCAAAAUUGGGUCAUAAAUUGAUGCUUACCUUGUUUUGUGGCAAGGUAAAUCAGCCAGUGCCAACGCAUGGUCAAUAUCAUGUCUGGGGAGUGUCUGUUCUUUGUGGGUUGCUGUGUCAUAUUGCAAUUCGCAACGCAGGAACGGUGUGGAAGACGGUUGGGAUACUGAUGAGCCUUAGAGUAUGUUUGGCUGAGAUUUAAUUCAAAUUUGAACUAUAUUCCAAAA